AUGGCUCUCCUCCUCAAGCCCAAGCACCACCUCUCUCCAACCUGCCGCUUCCUCCUCCGCCGUCUAUGCGCCACCGAGCCGGCACCCGCCACGCCUCCACCACCGACCCCCACCGAGCCAACCGCAGAGCCGGCGCCCGCCACGCCUCCGCCGCCGACCCCCACCGAGCCAACCGCAGAGCCUCCGCUCGCCGCGGCUCCGCCACCGACCCCGGAUUCCCCUGCGCCCCUGACGCCUGCGGAAACCAAGCUCCUGGACACGCUCCACGCGGCCAUCGUCGACCACAGCCGCGCGAACCCGUCGACGACGCUCCCCGCCUCCCCGCCGUUCGAGCCCCUCCCCACCUUCUCCUCAACCCUCGCCAGCCUCCUCCCUGCCCCGCCGGCGCCGCACCUCCCGCUCCAGCUCCUCGCCCGCCUCCUCGCGCUCAGACGCGGCGUCCCGUUCCCAGAGGCCCUCACCUUCUUCCACCACGUCCACCCGUCCCUCCCCGCCGACUCCCUCCCCGCCUUCUACGCCGCAAUGAUCGACCUGCUCGCGAAGCACCACCAUUUCCCGCUCGCCCGGCACCUGCUCGACGAAAUGCGCUCCCGCUCCAUCCCCGUCUCGCCGCAGCUCAUCCUCUCCCUGAUCCGCCGGUACGUGCGGGCGGACAUGCCCUCCGAGGCCGCCGAGCUGUUCCGCCGCAUGGAACACUACGGCGCGGGGGUCCCCGACCCCGCGGUGCUCGCAUCCCUCCUCACGGCGUUCUCCAAGAAGCGCCUCGCUACCGAGGCCCAGGCGCUGUUCGACAGCUACAAGUCCGUCUUCCCGGCGCCGGACGUCGUGCUCUACACGACCCUGGUGCACGCGUGGUGCCGCGCGGGCUGCCUCGACAAGGCCGAGCGGGUGUUCGCCGAGAUGCAGCAGGCGGGGGUCACGCCCAACGUGUACACCUACACGGCGGUGAUCGACGCCAUGUACCGCGCGGGGCAGGUGCCGCGCGCGCAGGAGCUCCUCUGCCAGAUGAUGGACAACGGGUGCAACCCCAACACGGCGACCUUCAAUGCCAUCAUGCGGGCCCAUGUCAAGGCUGGGCGGUCCGAGCAGGUGCUGCAGGUGCACAACCAGAUGCGGCAGCUCGGGUGCGACCCGGACAUCAUCACGUACAAUUUCCUGAUGGAGACGCAUUGCGGGAAGGGGCAGAGCAACCUUGACGCCGCGACGAAACUGCUCGCCAAGAUGGUUGCCAAGGGGAUUGUUCCUGACUGCCACACGUUCAAUCCGAUGCUGAAGCUGGUCCUGUGUACCGGCAACGUGGACGCGGCACGGAAGCUGUACGAGCGGAUGCAGGAGCUGCAGUGCAAGCCGAACGUGGUGACUUACAACCUGCUGAUGAAGCUGUUCAACAAGGACAAGUCGAUGGACAUGGUGCUGAGGAUUAAGAGGGACAUGGACGCGCAAAGGGUGGAACCGAAUGCAAACACCUACGGAGCUCUAAUCGAGAUGUUCUGCGGGAGGGGAAACUGGAGACGCGCCUACGCGGCGCUGAGGGAGAUGGUCGAGGAGAAAUCCCUCAAACCAGUGAAACCGGUAUACGAGAUGGUGCUGAGCCUGCUGAGGAAGGCAGGGCAGCUCAGGAAGCACGAGGAGCUCGUGGAAGCGAUGGCCAACCGAGGCUUCAUCAAGCACCGGUCGGAAGAUGCCUUGUGGAAUGCGGUAUCUGCUUCCUGAAUUCUAUUUUUGGUAGAGUGUUACUGAUGUGUAUUCUGAUAACACAAGCAUUUUUAUUCGUGGUCUGUUGUUUGUAUCCUAUAUCUCAUAAGAGUAAUAAUGCUUCAUUGGUAACAUUUAUAGGGUUUGUGAUUUGA